AGGUGAAAACUCUGCUCUAUUUGACAACACUCACAUGACCACUCGGGCUAAUGCAAUUGACCGGUCUAAUCAGCAUAGCCGUAUGGAUGAUGGAAGUCGUAUGGAUGACGGAGAUGGCUUUGCCCAGCAUGAUGAGAACACCCUCAUGGCUGAUGUAGUUGAUUGCAUUACCCAACAUGGUGACCACAAUCACAGUACCAGUGAAGGGCGAGAGGAGAGAAGGGUCAGGGGAAAUAAUAUGGGACUUGGUCUCCAAAAGUUAAACCGAGCACGCCGUGGCAAGCUGCAAGUUGUUAUAACUGAAGGGAAUAUAAGGCCACUGGUUCCUUUUGUUGCUGCAAAGUAUGCAAGUGAAUGCAACAUCAUAGUUAGGAACCAUGUGCCUAUACUCCCGCAUUGGAAGUUGUACAAGAAAAAACCUGCAUCAAGGUCAAAAGAGACAGAACCAGUAGAGAAAGAUCCAAAAGAGAAAGAAUAUGGAUCUGCGUAUGUUGAUCUAUUCUUAGGAAAGCUAAAGGCCAAGUUUGACAUAAACAUAGAGGAUGAGACAGUUAGAAAGGAAUGCAUUGAGAUGAUGAAGUCUGCUGUUCGCCAACAAAGACACAAACUUAAGCAAGAAUAUUUUGAUCCUUUUCCACUACAUUUGGUUACAAAAACUUCUCCUAUCCCAUUCAUGAGUAAUAAACAGUGGGAACAACUUUUAGAAUCAUGGAAGAGUCCCAAAAAGAUGGAGAUGUGUCAAAAGAACAAAAAUAAUCGAGUGAAUGUUAAGUACCAUCACACAACCGGAUCCCGUGCCUACAUGGUUCAUGUUGAAAAUUUGGAUGACAAAUAUAAUGACAAAGAAGCUGAUGCAGUUGAUUUGUUUAAGGAGUUCCACUACAGCAAGAAAAAAAAUGCUACACCCCUAUUGUACAGGAGGCUAUUACUCAAAUGGAAAAUAUGCUAUCUACAUCAACCGAAGGUGAAGAACCUAAGUCUGCAGCUCAAGUUGUUGCUGAUGUGCUUGCUGAGAACACCAAGAAGAGUCGGUUCUUGUAGAAUCUGGGGUUCCAGAAUGCCCGACCUAGAUCCAGUGAGCAAAGUAGUGAGAUAGAACUAGAAGCGGACAACGCUAAGCUUCGUAUGCAGGUGGCUGAUUUGUUAAAUAAAGUGCAAGAAUCUGAGCAAGCACGGAUUAUUGAUCGAGAGGAGAUGAAGAGGAGUCAAUCUGAGAUGGAAGCAAAACUUAACCUUUUGCUCAGUCAGAUUCAGCCAAGUUAAGUCACGCAUGGUGCAUAUCUUUUGCCAUUAACUUCAUGCAUUUUGCUGCUGCUAACUUGUGUCAAGCUAAUUUCGACCAAGUUAAGUCAUGCAUGGUGGUAUAUAUUUUGUUGCUGCUGCUUGCAUUUUGCUCCUGCUGUAUGCAUCGAGCUGCUAGACUUGUAAGCAUUUUUGUGUUGUUGGCUUGUGCCAUAUUGAAUUGUAAGGUUGUGUGCACUUUUGUGCGAAAACUAUUGUUGGAUGAAGACAUGUAAUCUGAUGUUGGAUCAAAAUUUAUGUGAUCUA